AUGGGCAACACGUGCACACGUAAUAGCGAGUCUCAAGUUGUUUUAACUGAACACGGCGUAAUUCUUCAAAAUCGACGUACUGAACGAGAACAAGAUCGAGCAAGAGGUCGAUGGUCUGCUCCUAACGUUGAAAGUGUUGAUCUUGACACGUUACUUGAAGCACCAUCUCCUUCCAAGAAAGAAGGAGCACGUCGUCGUCGCAAGAAACGACAGUCUUUAUCGGAGCGUUUUCAUCGUCAUGCCCCUAGUAUUGGUCGUCCACCUCGUCCACCGUCGUUUAACGAGCCAAAUCCUCUGAAUCGGUCACGAGUUCAUCGUAGUCAUACAGAAGCUGUUCGACGUCCUAUUGAAGAUGAUCCAACACCUAUUUACCAUUCCUAUGAGGAUCCAGGCUAUUUAGCAGGAGACCCUAUUCAGUUGCAACAAUUUGAUGCAGACUGUAUUCUUGGUAGUCCUAUUAAUUCCCCAUCAGUGAUUCACGCACGUUGGGGUGAACCAGUUGACGAUCCAGACGAAGAAAAUCUGUGCACUGAUUUUUCACCCAAUCCAUUUAAAUUGGGCUUUUGUAUCAAUUGCAUGAAACAACACGAUGUGCAGGAAGAUGGUGUUGUUGCAUCUAGUAAGGAAUACAAGCGCAUUGCUCGUCCUACAAUUGCCAAGACAGCAGCCAAUGCAUUGGAACUUCCAAGUGCUAUUCCUAUUCCUAGGAGUUCGAUUACUAUGAUGCCUGAGGGUGGUCGAGAGAGCGAUAUUGAUCUUGCUCAAUUAUUGGCUCAGAGGAGGGAUGUGCUCAUGCGAUUGGAUAAGUUGGACAGGGAAAAGAUGAAGCUUAAGAGGAAUCAGAGUACAGGAGGGACCAUGGGACGUCGGGCUGAUCGCCACACGACGAUUAAUUUUGGAGAAAAUACGCGAGGCAACUUGCGUCGGAUGAAUGCCCGACCGCCUGGAUCGGGUCCUAUCAUUAGCUGCGGCACGACCGUAACCUUAGCACCUCAGCCCGCCACUGGAUUUGGUGCAUCUAAAAGUGUGAGCGUAGGCUCUCGUCUUUCUGACGGCCGGCGACGCAACAAGACUUUGACGACGUACACAUGCCGAUGGUACACUCAAUUGGUGCAAGGUACAGCUUGCCGUCAUACGCGCGUCACUGUCAAGAGCAGAAAGGUACUAGAAGUGCACUAG